AUGCAGUAUGCCAGCGCUUUCUCGCGGAUCCCAGCAGCCGCUGUCAACCAAUCCAAAGGGCCAAUGGCGAUUGCGUUGAGCGCCUCUGGAACUGGUCAAAUUCAGCUUUGGCAGUUUCUGUUGGAACUUCUUGCAGAUGCCGUUAAUUCCACUUGCAUUACUUGGGAGGGAAGUAAUGGAGAGUUCAAAUUGAUCGAUCCAGACGAGGUGGCCCGGAAAUGGGGUGAACGGAAAAGUAAGCCAAAUAUGAACUACGACAAAUUGAGCAGAGCACUCCGUUAUUAUUAUGACAAGAACAUCAUGACUAAGGUUCAAGGCAAACGAUAUGCAUACAAAUUCGAUUUCCAAGGACUCGCCCAAGCUUGCCAGAACGCGAUACUGACGAACGGUGGAAGUGCCACCGGUGACAUCCAAUCGGCUGUUCAAUCGCUGUCACCAUACACGAAUCGUACGCGUUGGUUUUUCUAA